UUCAUGGCGAGUCCUCGACGGCAUUCUGGCUUUGGCACCUUACCGCAUCGACGCCAUGCGCAGUGGAAUCUGCGCAGCCUUGCUCGCUUACUGCAUCUGGGGCUUCUCGCCGUUGUACUGGCGUCUGCUCACGGAUGUGCCAUCGGAUCAGCUCGUCAUGCACCGCAUUGUGUGGUCGUUCCUAAUUGUCCUGGCCAUCGUCGCGACGACGCAGUGGAAGGACUUUCGACAGAAUGCGCUCACAUGGUCUAACAUUUGGCUCCACGGCACCGCGGCGUACUUCAUCGGGAUGAACUGGGCCAUGUUUGUGUGGGCCGUCAACUCUGGCUUUGUCGUGCAAGCAAGUUUGGGCAACUACAUGUUGCCGCUGGUCACGGUCCUGCUGGGUGUCGUCGUACUUCGGGAACACCUCCGACCUUGGCAGUGGUUUGCCAUCGGCCUCGCCGCAGUCGGUGUUAUCAUCGUCUCGAUCGGAUAUGGCGUUGUGCCGUGGAUCUCGUUUGCGUUGUCCACUACAGAAGGCUUCUACGGCCUCUUCAAAAAGAAGGCGACGCUGCCGUCCUUGCAAGGGGUUGUGCUGGAAACGGGCGCCCUGUUUCUGCCGGCGUCCACGUACCUCUUGUGGGCGGAGUACACAGGGGUGGGGGCGUUUGGCCAUGGCACCAUGGGCAAAAACGAGCUGUUGUUUGGAGCCGGUAUCAUGGCAACGUCGUCGCUCGUAUCGUUCGGCUACGCCGUAUUGCGUAUCCCCCUGACACUCACGGGCGUCCUUCGUUACAUCACACCGACGAUUCAAGUGUGUCUGGCCGUAUUUGUCUAUCACGAACCGUUCUCGCCCCUAAACUUGGCCGGUUUUGUCCUGCUGUGGAUUGCUCUGGCCAUCUUUUCCUUCCAAUCUUACUUGAAACAUCAAGACGACAUGCGGAGAAAGACCCAAGUAUCCCUGCUCCAGUCGGCAUCGUCGCAAACCGUGUACAAGAGUGUGUAAAACGCAAUGUGCGGUCGUCUGUCCGUUAUCAAUCUAUGUCGAGUGUUCGUGCA